GUUGUUUCUGAGCCAAAGAGACGCGAAUAACGUCCUUAAAACUGUCCUUAAAAACCUUAAAACUGUCCUUAAAAACCUUAAAAGCCUUGAAAACCUUGAAAAGACUCCCAAACUUCGGGAAAAACCUUUAAAUCUCCGGAAUCCUCCUGAAGCGGAACUUUAAUAACUGAAGUGAGGUCAUCAGUGAGGUCAUCAGUGAUGUCACAGCGUGAUGUCAUCGACUUCGCGGCCCUGGAGGCGGAGCUUCAGACGGCGGUGCAGAAUCAGCAGAAAUACGAGAGAGAGAACGAGACCAAACUGAGAGCCGUCAGGCAGGGAGUCUCCUAUGAGGAGUUCAGGAAUCUGGUUCUGGCCUCGAACCUGAAGCCUCUGGACCGGAAGGACAAACAUGGAGGUUCCAGGAAACAGCCCUGGAACCCCGUCGCCCCGGCAACGGCCCCGGCAACGGCCCCGCCCCCUCAAAGUGAUGUCAUCACUGGGAGUGAUGUCAUCAACAGAUGAUUGACAACUUGUUUACCAGAAAAACAUGUUUGACAACGAC